AGCAGGGGGAGCUCGAACUGGGAGGGAGCAGCCAGCAAGCAAGCAGCGGCGGGAGCAGCAGGAGGGAGGAUCUUAGAGCUAGAUCUCCAGGAAAGCGGGAGCGACUGUAGGGAAUCUCGGAGAUCAAGCGCCGCCACAGUCAGAGGGGAGCCCUCAAUGAGGAUGCCGUAGUCGUCCUUCCUCCCUGCCUAACUCGGGCGCUCCCUGCCAGUCCUCGCCAGCGGCGGCCGCCUCCUCUCAUUGCCCGCGCUGCCUUGCUUGCUUGCGAGCAGGAAGCGGCGGCGGCGGGCGGGCGGGCGCGGUGUUGGUGGUGGCCGGCGGAAUCUACUUGCUCCUAGCCGCUUUUCCCAGGCGAGAGCCAUAUCAGCGGCAGGAGGAAGAGGAGGGCGCGCGCCGUCGGAACGCAGGCCGCCCUGCCGGCCGAGCGGGGCGCCGGCGUCGGAUGCCUGCGUUACGCCACUACGGGGCUUCUGUUGAGGCCUGGGCUCAUCCAGAAGCGGCGGCAGCGGAUAGGAGCGUCGAGUCGGGAGGAGGUGGUGGUGGCGGCGGCAGUGAGAGGACCGACAGGUAGUCGCCUCUUCCUGGGGGAGGCCGGUGCCCGGUGCUGCGCUGCUGCUGCUCCUUUCCCUCAGAGCAAUCAGUAUGCACUUGACUGCAGAAAUUAGAAACUGGAAGACUGCAUAUUAGCUUUGAUCAAAAUGGAUUAUUUAUUACUAGAGUAAAUAAGGUGCCAACCACAGUUCUUGGACUUCUGCAGCUACAUAAAAAUGAGUGAAGUACAAGCAAUGGUAGAAUUCUCCGUGGAGCUCCACAAGUUUUAUAACGUGGAUUUGUUUCAAAGAGGCUUUUACCAGAUUCGUGUAUCAAUGAAGAUCCCUCCAAGAAUUCCACACAAAAUUGAAGCAAGCCUGUUACGUGCAACCAGUGCUGAUCUUGCUUUUCCAGCUUCAGUCCAUGACAAUGUAGUCUGCAGUAAAACCUUUCAAAUUCUUUAUAAAAAUGAGGAAGUGUCUGUGGAUGAUGUUAUGAUCUUCAAAAUUAAAAUGCUGUUGGAUGAAAGAAAGAUUGAAGAGUCCCUGAAUGAAAUGAAUUUCCUGCUCUCUUUAGAUCUACACUUUACAGAUACAGAUUAUUCGCCAGAUGACCUGAGCACAUUGCAGCUAAUUAGCAGCAGAACACUAAAGUUGCACUUUACCUUAAACCGAGGCCUUCAUCACUAUGUCAAUGUUAUGUUUGAUUACUUUCACCUUUCUGUCAUCUCUGUUAUAGUCCAUGCCUCUUUAGUAGCUCUUCACCAACCAUUAAUAAGCUUUCCUCGUCCUGUCAAAAAUACUUGGCUAAACAGAAAUGCACCUGCACAGAACAGGGAUUCUGUGAUUCCCUCUCUUGAAAGUGUUGUUUUUGGCAGCAAUUACACCAAACAAUUAUCAGCUGAUGGCUGCAGUUUUAUAAUAGCAGAGACUUUCUUGAAUCAUGCUUACAAUCUCCACCGUACACUUUGUGCCAGUUUGCUGAUUGCAUUCAAAGGAUUACAUAGCUAUUUCACCACUUUAUCAAAAGAGCUGCCUUCCUGUCUGAAAUUAGAUGCAGCCAAGCCCAGCAUGCAGGUCCUUUAUGAACGCCUCCUCAGAAGAAAAUAUCUACGAAUCCAGGGACACGCCUAUAUAGAGAAUAUAGAUGUAGAAGCACGCCUGUCAGAACUCUGUGAAGAAAUAAAGAAAAUGGAGAAUCCUGAUGAACUGGCAGAACUUAUAAACAUGCAUCUUGCACAGCUCUGUUCACUACUGAUGGCUUUAUGGGGACAAUUUCUUGAGGCCGUUAACUUCCAAGAGGAUAUCACUGCAUUGCUAGCACGAGAGCAUCAUACAAUGCGUGUACGUAGGUUUUCUGAAGCUUUUUUUUGUCUUGAACAUCCAAGGGAAGCAGCGCUUGCAUACCAAGAGCUACAUGCGCAAAGUUACCUUCAGAUGUGUACUGCCAUAAAAAGCACCUCCUUCUGUAGUUCUCUGCCGCCUCUCCCUACUGAAUGCAGUGAAUUAGAUGGCGAUCUGAACUCCUUGCCUAUAAUCUUUGAAGAUCGGUAUCUAGAUUCUGUUACUGAAGAGAUGGAUGUACCCUGGCUGACAGCUCAUCAGAAGUCUGACUCCAAGAAACCUGAUAAACCAGAUUCUGAAGAAAGUUUUAUGGCUAGCCCGGAUUUGAAAAACAGACCUUCAGUUGCCUCCCAUGCUUGGCACUCAGAAAGUGAAAAACAAUUCACAAAGUCUGCAAAAGUGCAAUGUCAAGAGGCAAACAAAUCCAAAGUUAAGGUUACUAAAUUGAUGAAAACAAUGAAACCUGAAAAUCCCAAAAAAAUAGUAAAACAAAACUCUAAGGACUCUGUAGUCCUCGUAGGCUACAAAUGCUUGAAAAGUGCAGUACCUGAGGACAUCUCAAAGUGCUUUGAAGGUAUGCCUUCAUUGGACCAGAAAGAAGGGCUGGAUUCUGCAAUUGGUGGCCAUGCUUCCGAUGCGAAGAACUUAAUGAGGCAAAUCAGCCAGAAAGAGUUUAGAAGUUUACCAUGUAGAACUGAACAAAGAACUGCCAAACUGGAAGGGAAUGAGGAAAACCACCCCAGCUCUAUCAUCUCUCAUUGUGCAAAUUCAGUCAUUUUGGGUAAAUCUGAUACCCUCCAAGCAGGCAUUGGGGGUACUCAUGGGGGCAGCAGCUUGACCCCCAGAAGUACUGUUGAAGACUGUUUUGGUUCACCGGGGGUUACAAAAAUAGAAGUAAAACCAUAUUGUAGAAAUAUUUGUGGAGGAGAUAAAGUUUUUGUUCGUAUUGGAUUACAGACAGAAGGCUCACGUAUAGAGAAUUUGCAGGAGCCCACCUUUGAAAGUUCAGAAUGCGAGAGAAAACCUAAAUCAGAAGAACUGCAGCUUGAAAAGGAAGUGGUGCAAGAAACAAACUUCCAGCAUACUGAGGAUUCCUUCACAAGGGUUGGCACCAACCUGCCCAUUCAAUCUACAAAAGAAACUUCUGUUGCAGUUGUAGGUGGAGACGUACUUAAGUUGCCUGAUGUUAGUAUUACCUAUGCAUCAUCUAGGUUUUCAGAUUCUGGUGUAGAAAGUGAACCUAGUUCUUUUGCAAUGCUCCCAAGUACAGAUGUGGCUCUUGACACUCCUCAAGGGCAAAGUGCAUGCAACAGUGAAAGAAUAUUUCCUCAACUAUUGCUUAAACCAGAUAAUAAUAUUAAACACCCAGUAGAGAGUCAUUGCACUGAAAGUACGAGUGCUGUUAGUGAAAUACAGUCCUCCCUGACAUCAAUAAACUCUCUGCCUUCUGAUGAUGAUCUGUCCCCUGAUGAAAACUCAAAGAUAUCCGAUGUACCUGAAUGCCAAUUAAGUGAUAGCAAAACUGUUUUAGACCUGGGAGCAAUUGAGUUGACAACAUGUGAUGACAGUGAAGAAACAAAAGUUUUGCCACAGCAGUGUGUAGGGUAUUCAGGCAAUGAAGCGACAUUUCUGCCUUCCUCAACCUCAGAUAAAAAAUGUCCACUACAACUUGAUGAAAGUACAUCUGAGGAUGUGAACUCUCGCAACCUGCAACUGAAUAUUGGUGCAAUUUGUAAUGAUUCUCAAAGACUUGAUACAAACUUGCACACUGUGGAAAAGACAAGUGAAAUUCCUUCAGGAGUUGUUUAUCUGGGCAAGUCCUGUGUUGUUUCAGGUUCAGUGUCUAGUUAUCCAGAGGGCAGUGUGAAGCAACCAAGUGAAAGAAAAUGUAGUGAUUCUUUCGAGCAAAAACAACUGGCUGAUCAGUUGUCAGCUGCAAAAGAUGAAAAUCUCACAAGCAUGAACAUCGUAUCCUCGGAAGGAGGCAAUGAUAUGCUGAAGCAAGGACUUGUAGAAAACUACUUUGGCAAUCAAAGCAGUACAGAUAUUUCCAAAAUACAUUCUGCUGACAAUAGCAGUUCAGUUAGCCCUCAAAGGGGAACAAUCUGUUCCAUUUCAACAGAAGAGGAGGAAGAAGAGGAGGAGCAAGAUCAAGACAUGGUUGAAAAUGGUUAUUUUGAGGAAGCAGGUGAUAGUAAUUUGUAUAGAGCCACAAAUGAUGCUGAGGAAGAUCUUGACCUAGCAUUUGUGGGACCUUUUAUAACAGAAAUAUUGAAUAGUGAUUAUUUUGAGGAGGCAACAGACGUGGCUCCACUGUGUGCUCCAGGUAGUUUGGCUGCUCCCACUGCAUUGAAAGACUAUCCGUGUGGCGUGUUAUGGUCUUCGAAAGACAAAUCAAAUGCAGUUCUCAAGCAGCCCUGCAGCAUGUCCUGCACUACAGCUUCUUCUGUCUCCUGGUAUGAGUAUUCUCCCAAGCCACAAAAGCUAGCAUUCCUUCAUGCUAAAGAGGAACUGAAACUACUUCAGCUCCCUGGAUUUAUGUAUAGUGAUGUUCCCAGACUGGCAUCUUCAGUUCCUUAUUUCAGCACAGACGAGGAGGAAAGUUCAGAUGAUGGCAUUCAUCUCAUAGUUUGUGUGCAUGGCCUAGACGGUAAUAGUGCAGACUUAAGACUAGUAAAGACUUACAUUGAACUUGGCCUUCCUGGAAGCCGUAUAGAUUUUCUGAUGUCUGAGAGAAAUCAGAAUGAUACAUUUGCUGAUUUUGAUUCAAUGACGGAUCGCCUUCUGGAUGAAAUAAUACAAUACAUUCAAAUUUACAGCCUAACAAUUUCAAAAAUCAGUUUUAUUGGGCAUUCAUUGGGUAACCUAAUAAUCCGUUCAGUGCUCACAAGACCUAGGUUUAGAUGUUACCUCAUCAAACUUUACACCUUCCUAUCUCUGUCUGGACCACAUCUUGGUACACUCUACAACAGCAGUGCUCUUGUUAAUACAGGUCUCUGGUUUAUGCAGAAGUGGAAAAAGUCAGGGUCUUUAUUGCAGUUGACCUGUCGAGAUCAUUCUGACCCCCGGCAAACCUUCUUGUACAAACUUAGUAAAAAGGCAGGUCUGCAGUAUUUCAAAAACAUAGUAUUAGUAGGGUCUCUACAAGAUCGUUAUGUCCCUUAUCAUUCUGCUCGCAUUGAGAUGUGUAAAACAGCUUUGAAGGAUAAACAGACAGGACCAAUAUAUGCUGAAAUGAUCCAGAAUCUGCUUCUGCCUGUUCUUCAAAACAAGGAAUGCAAUUUGGUUCGUUAUAAUGUGCAUUGUGCAUUGCCAAACACAGCCGAUUCCCUCAUUGGAAGAGCUGCACACAUUGCUGUUCUGGACUCGGACAUAUUUUUAGAAAAGUUUUUUCUUGUUGCUGCCCUAAAAUAUUUCCAGUAGGAAUAAACACAUUGUCACAGACUUGGCUAUUACCUCAUUAAUAGAUGAAUCAAAUAAUGUGUGAUAUUAAACUGUAGCUGCUGCUGCAUUUUAAGAAUUAUUUAUACUUUUUUAUAUGGAAGGUAAUUUAUAUCGUCCAUGUGAGGAGCUUUUUUAACAUCAACUUUACUUUCUAGGUAAUGUGGCUGUGCAAUAUUUUUUUUAUGUUCAUUUCUACUUUUUUCUAUUUUUCUUAUUUUGGGUACCUAAUUAUUUCAGAACUGAGAUUUAAGCACAGUAUGUAAAGUUGGUGGAUUUACAGGUUCUUAGACUGCAAAAGGUCAAUGUUUUAUGAGUCUUUGGAUGCCAAACCAAAUCCAAAUUUUAACAAGUCUAAGAAUGUAUUAAAUUUGGUUGUCCUGUUUAGGAUUGGGGAAAGCUGAACUGGAAAAAGCAACUGUUGGCUGCUAAAAUAGCUACAAUAACUGUAGGUCUGUUCAAGACCACUAUUGAGUCGCCUGUUAUAUCACUACAUUCUAACUGUUUUCUACAGAAUCAUUACUGAACAUGCUAUGCCUGUAGAAACUACAUUUUCUACUGAUCUCAAUAGCAUGAUGGUUUACAUUUUCACCUUUACUACUGGAACUUUAGUUUUCAUAAGCAAGCAGCAAUUAAGGAUUUUUGAAUGUUGAAAUGUGAGCUGCCUUCAAAUGGAGUUUUGCAAAGUUUAAUAAAAUUGUUCUUCUGUCGGUUCAGUUCUUCAGUGAACCUUUUACACGGGACUUCCUUGUAUGUACAUUUUUAAAAAGCAAAGGUUAUAAAUUUCUGCAAUACUUUUAUGAAUAUAGAUUUUUAAAUAUUAAGUUUUAUUGAUAACAAACUGCUGUAAAUAGAAAUCAGUUGCAUCUUGAAACAGAACAAAAUGAUAAACUUUAGUGAUACUGAUAAAUGUUUUUAAUAUACAGGAAUGUUAAAGGUCUAUUGAAUUUUUAUUGGUGCUGAACAGAUAUUCUUCAUUCUUUUUUACCUGUUUCACAUGGUAAUGCACUUAAAGGUGAAGAAAAGUGGUGAAUAGUGCCGUGUUGCUCACAUAGAUCCAAUGGAAGCAUCCACUGAUGCAAUAGGAGCAGGGAUAAUCCCCCUUCUUGUUGCAGCCCACCACUACCACUUUCCAUGCUGUUCUGUACAGCAUCUCAACCCUCUGAAACAUUUCUUGAGGGAGGGGGCAUACAGGAGAUUUCAGCAGGAAAGGGAAUCUAAGAAAAUCCCCGCUCCUUCUUACAUUGGCAGGUGCCUCCUAUGGAUCAAAAGUGAUUUCAUGAGUAAAAUGGCAGCACUGGAUUUUACCCAAGGUCUCAUGUAUUCGCUAACUAUAAGGAACAGAUUUUCUGAAAUUAUAAAUUUGUUGUAUAUCUAGUGCAUGUUUAUUUUUUAGCAUUGUGGUAUUGCAUCUGGUGUUAAUAAAUUGAGCAAACUUCUAAUAGAUGCAGAGAGAAAGCAAUGUUUUGCUUUUUUCAAAGUGCUGAGGAAUAUAUAUAUAGUUUCUCCUAAGCAAGGUUACAGUUUGUUGUUUAUACUUGACAUUGCAAACACUCCACUCAGCUUUUAUAUACCUUCAACUCUGUUGUUUUUGAAUGGCUCUGUUGAAACACUUGUUUUUCUGUGUUGUUCAAACAUUUGCAAAAUGUCCAGCAGUGAAUUGUUCUAAAGGUGGUAUUUGUUUUUAAUUUUGUGGACUAACCUACAAUUGUCAGCUGCACUUUUUUAUUUUUACAAGAGAUAUAUUUUUAAUAGACAUUGCUGCUUGUUCAUUUUACCUGUUGCACUAAUAACCCAAUCUCAUGCAUAUUUCCUCAGAAGUAAAUCCCACUGAGUUCAGAAGGAGUUACUUUGAAUUAGUGUGCAUAGGAAUGCACCAUUAUCUAUUACCAGUUGUAAUGGCUAUGCGUACUUAUGCAUAUUGAUUCACAAAUAUAUGGCUCCUUGUAUGUGCAUUAAAUGAAUGGUUCUAAGAGUG